UCCAUUUAUUUGAGGCCAGGCGCGGAGCGACACUUCCCCUCCUCAACACCAGAGGGCGAUGUGGCGGAUUGCAGCACCGCUGGACCACGGGGGCGGCGCUCCGUCCCGCCGGAGUUUUCCCUUCCACGUGGGGACACAGGAUGGCGGCGGCGGUGGUGGCGGACGAGGCGGCGACGCGCGACGUGCAGCGACUGCUAGUGCAGUUCCAGGAUGAGGGCGGUCAGCUGCUGGGCUCCCCAUUCGACGUGCCCGUGGACAUCACCCCGGACAAGCUGCAGCUCGUGUGCAACGCGCUGCUGGCCCAGGAGGAUCCCCUGCCACUGGCUUUCUAUGUCCAUGAUGCCGAGAUCAUCUCGUCUCUGGGGAGGACACUGGAGUCACAGGCGGUGGAGACAGAGAAGGUCCUUGACAUCGUCUACCAGCCACAGGCUAUCUUCAGGGUUCGUGCUGUGACCCGCUGCACCAGCUCCUUGGAGGGUCACAGCGAGGCAGUCAUUUCUGUGGCCUUCAGCCCUACAGGAAAGUGGCCUCUCUUCUUCCCCAGGUACCUGGCCAGUGGCUCUGGAGACACUACUGUGCGCUUCUGGGAUAUCAGCACUGAGACACCACAUUUCACAUGCCAGGGACACAGACACUGGGUCCUUAGCAUAUCCUGGUCCCCAGACGGCAAGAAGCUGGCUUCAGGCUGCAAGAAUGGCCAGAUUCUCCUGUGGGACCCAAGCACAGGGAAGCAAGUGGGCAGGACCCUUGCCGGCCACAGCAAGUGGAUCACAGCCCUGAGCUGGGAGCCCCUCCAUGCCAACCCCGAGUGCCGCUACGUGGCCAGCAGCUCCAAGGACGGCAGCGUGCGGGUCUGGGACACGGCUGCGGGCCGCUGUGAGCGCAUCCUCACUGGGCACACACAGUCAGUCACCUGUCUCCGGUGGGGAGGGGACGGGCUUCUCUACUCCGCCUCCCAGGACCGCACCAUCAAAGUCUGGAGGGCUCAUGAUGGCGUGCUGUGCCGGACUCUGCAAGGCCAUGGCCACUGGGUGAACACCAUGGCCCUCAGCACCGACUACGCCCUGCGCACGGGGGCCUUUGACCCAGCCGAGGCCUCAGUUAAUGCCCAAGACCUCCAAGGGUCCUUGCAGGAGUUAAAGGAGAGAGCUCUGAGCCGCUACAGCCUCGUGCGGGGCCGGGGCCCAGAGAGGCUGGUAUCUGGCUCAGAUGACUUCACCCUGUUCCUGUGGUCCCCAGCGGAGAACAAGAAGCCCCUGGCACGGAUGACGGGGCACCAGGCCCUCAUCAACCAGGUGCUCUUCUCCGCGGACUCACGUGUCAUCGCCAGCGCCUCCUUUGACAAGUCUAUCAAACUGUGGGAUGGCAGGACGGGCAAGUACCUGGCCUCCCUGCGUGGCCAUGUGGCUGCCGUGUACCAGAUUGCAUGGUCGGCCGACAGCCGGCUCUUGGUCAGUGGCAGCAGUGACAGCACACUGAAGGUGUGGGAUGUGAAGGCCCAGAAGCUGGCCACAGACCUGCCAGGCCAUGCGGAUGAGGUAUACGCUGUCGACUGGAGUCCAGAUGGCCAGAGAGUGGCAAGUGGUGGAAAGGACAAAUGCCUCCGGAUUGUGCAGUCGUGGAGAGCUUGGUCCACCUGUCUCCUGGGACUUACCAGGAGACAGGAGGAUCAAAGAUAGAUGGAGGAGAUGAGAAAUCCCAAGGAUCCCCACCUGGACUCAGCCUCUGCCAGCUGUCUGCCCUGAUGGAGACCAAAGGCCGGGGUGAUGACCUUGAGAAUGAGCGUGGCCUGCCGUCCUUGGACAGACCCCAGUAGCAUCCCUCCCCAGAGCAGGAGGUCGAAGGUCAUGGGAGGUUCUCACUGAGCUCAGCCCUUGGCCAUCACUUGGUAGCUCGCUGAUGCCAGCACAGGGGAGGCCGAGCGAUGACUGGCCCUUACUGCUGCCCCUGCCUCCUUUCCUAAAUGCCGUCUAUUUAGGGUCAGACCCCAGAUUCUGUGACCAAAUAAAUAACUUAUAGUUUG